AUGUCGUAUUCGCCAUCGCUCUGGAGUCUACCCGAGGACGUGGACAACGCUCUCUUGUCCGCUCUGUCGCCGCGGGAGCUCGCCCUCGUCGAGAGGACCUCGCGUGAGGGUCGGGACCGGGUCACAAGAUAUCGCCAUCGCAGUUUCAACUUCGCGGAGGCUAUCAAGAGAUUCGUUCCCUUCGAACACCUUCUCGCUUUCCGACAAAUGUUGCGAGUCACUGGUUCUGUGAUAUCGGGUUCGUUCGCUCUCGCUUUCAUGGGUCGAUUCCCUUGGCGUCCGCACGACCUUGAUUUGUACGUCGAACUUCGUCACGUCCUCGCAGUGCACGACUUCUUGCUGGAAUGCGGCUACCAAUAUCGACCGCGGCCCACUCAACUUCGCUCUUUCCUGGAUCAGUACGCACAGGUGGCGGCGCAACCCGAGCAUCUGGACGGAUAUCCGCUCGCGUCUCUUCGCGCGGCAUUCGACUUCGUUCACAUCGGUGAUCGCUCCACAAUCGUCCAGCUCCUGGUGACGCCUGUUGCUGUCGUCGAGGUCAUCCUCGGGUUCCAUAGCACUGCUGUGAUGAACGUGAUUACUCACGAUACUGCGUAUGCGUUCUACCCAGUAGAGACGUUUGAGCGCCUGCGAUCUUUGAAGCUCAAGGCAGAAUCCGGCGACGACCGAGCAGCUGCAGCGUAUGCGAAGUACCACGUUCGUGGCUGGCGCAACCUUGGCGCCGUCGGCCGGGAUGAGGCGGGUGACUCGCAUCGCGAGUUUGGACGGCGCCACCGCUUUGUCGGGGACGACAUGACUUGGAAGAUGAAGUUGUUCGUCUAUCAGCAGGAAGUCUCAGGGUUCGACCAUGUCCUCCACAGGUCAUGGGCACUGACGUAUACCCGCAAGAACGCCGUGCUAGCGGAUCGUCCCUACAUGCGCGCCAGAGUCUUUCGAUCUCAUCCAGUCUGCGACAAUAGUCCUGACGUGACGGGUAUGACGUUUGCUUGUCGAGCCAUUCGCGACGAGUUUCGCCGUCGCGCUCGAGCGAACUGCUCAGGUCCCGUCUGGUGGGUCGAGAAGGACUGCGCGUUCAUUGCGAAGGCGGUCUGCAUAGAGUGGACCACGCAUUUUCGACAAGCGGCGGCGUGCAAGUCACUUCGCGCCUGCACCGUACGUCGCUCUGAGCGUAUACGGCGCAUGUUGGAGGCGCGCGCGCGUAACUAA